GCGACGGGUUUCAAACUUGUUUUCAUGGGAAAUAAGUGCCCUUUGUUUUCACUGUUCAUUUGCGCAGAGGUCAGUUUUAAUUUUCAUUUCGUGAAAUCUGAGCUUGAAGGCUCAGUGAAUGAAGCUGCGUGCGCUUGUUUGGACCCCCUGUACAAACUAGCUCCGAUCCUUCCUGUCAUUUAGGAAGUGCUUUGAGAUGCUCAUCAAGAGUCGCUCCUUCUUGGGUAAACAUCACUUGUUCUCCCACUCUUGAUGGCUGCAGAUUAGGCCCCAGUGCGGCUGGUAUUUCCUUCUCGGCUCCCGCCCCGACGGUUGCAGGCGACCACAGCCAUUAGAGCAGCUCGGACUGGUUCCCAGUUCUGCCUGACUCAUCCAGGGCACUGGAUCGCGGAUCGUAUCACUACACGAGAUGAACUGGGGCUAAUUGGACAUCUCCCUGAGGCAGCGCUGCAGUCAUGGGCGAGUGGAGCUUCCUCGGCGACCUCUUCGACAAGCUCCAGUCCCACUCGUCCAUGCUGGGCCGCUUCUGGCUCCUGCUCAUGCUCGUGUUCCGCAUCCUGAUCCUGGGGACGGUCGCCAGCGACCUGUUCGAGGACGAGCAGGAGGAGUUCGCCUGCAACACCCUGCAGCCGGGCUGCAAGCAGGUGUGCUACGACAUGGCCUUCCCCAUCUCCCAGUACCGCUUCUGGGUCUUUCACAUAGUCCUGAUCGCGUCGCCCUCCCUGGUUUUCCUCGUCUACGCCAUGCACCACAGCAAGAGGCAGGAGCUCGCGCGGGACCUGCGCUUGAAGAAGCUCUACCUCAUCAACGUGGCCUUCCGCAUGGUGGCGGAGGUGGGCUUCCUGCUGAGCCAGUGGUGGAUGUACGGUUUCAAGGUGGAGGCCCAGUUCCCCUGCAGCCGCUUCCCCUGUCCCUACACCGUGGACUGCUUCACCUCCCGCCCGGCGGAGAAAACCAUCUUCCUCUGCUUCUACUUCACCGUGGGGGUCGUCUCGGCGGCGUCCAGCUGCGCCGAGUUCGUCUACAGCUCCACCAAGCUGUUCGGCGCCCGCUCAGAGGCCGCCUGCGCCUGCCGGAGCGCGGGCCUCCGCGGCUCCAGGCGAGAGGAGGAGGAGGAGGAGGAGGGGGGGGGGAGGAGGCUGAAAGGAGCCGCGACCAGGAGCGGCUCCGGCAGAAAGGUCCUGAGCUCCGGCCACAAGCGCAGAAGCGGCAGAUACGUGAGCAGCAAGCUACUCCUGGUGUGAUUCAAGUCAUCAGGUGGAAGUUCAACAUUUGCACACUGACUCUUAAGUUAAUUUAAUAAGGACACCUACGAUUUUCUAAUUAAGUUAUGAAAUGCAACUAAUGGAUUUAUUAUGUUUAACAAGGAAUAUAUUCUUAUUUUAUUAUUACUAGUGUUUGUUCGAUGCAUCCAUUAGUGCUUUAUUACUAAAUAAAGGAUUAACACCAGCUCCAGUUUUGUAACAGCUCACUUCAUGGAAUAUCCUGAUACAAUGAGAACAUGGGGCUGAACAUGUGUCUUUGGUUUGUUCACGCUGCUAAUAGAGCGUCACGAGUUGUUUUCCAGCCUCCAUCACGCUGUUAAUGUGUCAUUAGCGCGAGGGUCGGCCGCAUCCAAACGUCCUGGAUGAGCUUCAAACCUAUUUGUCAUCAUAUAACACUGAAGGGUUCAUGGGUCAAUUUGUUUGCUGUGGGGGAAUAAAGAUAUUCCCAACAUUAGGUGGCAGCAGCGGAACAGAAAUUCCUGCCCGGAUCUGCAGGAGGUGUUAGAAACAACCUACAAAAGCUAAUUCCACCUUUUGAAAUGUGUAAAAGCUCAGGAAGCCACUUGCAUCUGUAUUUGAAGGUGCUGAAGCCGAUUCUGUCCCAUUGCUUUGAUCUGGUGCAUCGGCGACGUCGGGUCCAUUCGGUGACCUGGAGUCCAACAGUGCUGAUUUUC